AUGGGCGGCAUAUGGCUUGAGAGGAAGGAAGAAGAAAAAUUUUAUUACUCUGCUAAUUUAUUUAGGCUGUCUGAAUGCCAGCCUCUUGAGUUCUGCGAAACGAGAUCAGGUCCUGAGUAUCUACUGCGCAAGUAUCAGUUCUUCUCCAGUGGCAAGAUGGACCUGACCCAGUUUUACUACAACGACUCCUCCUGUUCAGUGCCCUGGUUUUGUGUACAGGCCAGAGGGAUCAUCAAGAAACAUCAUGAUUCCUGGAUCAUCAACAGUGCUACUGAGUUUGAAUACAACUUGGACUAUGCUGUAGUAACUCCUUACACUUCAGAAGCCAGCAGCUACCUAACCAAGAAACUCGUCAGAAACCCAAGAUGUCUGCGCUACAACGACACCACGUCACCAUGGAAACCAAACGAGAGCCACGUCAUCUACCACAAUGUUUACGGAAGUGAUGAAUAUGAGGAUUACAACGAAGAUAAUUUCAGAGAUGACGUUUCAUCGUCGUCUUCAUCAUCCAGCAGCAUCGAUAUAAUUGACUGCCUUCCGGAAAUAGACAUCUCCUUCCACGAGCUGCAGCUAGCCAGGAUGAAAGAAACGAUCAAACAAGUAAACAACAACAACAAAGUAAACACCGACAAUCUCAAUGACGUCAUCAACAACAACACCAAGAACAAAUUGCUUCGCGACAACAACGACAAUAAAGGCAACAGCAACCAAAAGAAACAAGCAGACAAGUAUUCCGCCAUGAAUUCAGCAGACGAAAUGGAGCCAUUGAAAUAUAACUCAGAGAUCAAUUGUUCUGCCUCAUCAAGAUAUUUAUUGUUUGGAGACGUGCACACGAACAAGAGCAUGAGACAGUUGCAUAGACCAAACUCGUUUCAAGAAGCACUGGCCUCUGCAAAGAAUUUGUUUCCGAUUCCGAACACUUAUAGUUUUUCUGAUUUUGAGGCCCAUUAA